UUUGCGGGGUGGAGUUGAAUUCCUCUAGCUGGAUUCGUGUGCUUUUCCUUGCAUAGUGCUUGGAGUAGAUAGCAGCUGCAUUCAGCAUUCAUCACUGGAAACCGUUCCUUUCUGUUUCACCCCUGGCAUCAUGUUUGUUGUAUCCAAUACCGGUCGGGGAAUCUGCACAUGAGGAUUAUGGAAAAUCGCUCCUGUGAACAAAACAGACCAUGUGAGCUAGUAGGUGCCGACUGGAAUUUGCUUACCCAGAUUUGCCUUGACGUGCUUCAGACUUGAGAGCAUUGGUUGUCACCUUGUUUUGAGAGGAAGGCCGUCCCGUCCCGUUCUUCCGAAAGCCUGCCACCGUUUGCUGCCAUUUCAGAGAAAGCAGAAGAACCGUGCUCCAUUGGCUUGUCAGGGGAGCAGGUCGGGUUGGAGCACCACGCCAGAUAUUUGACUGCUUUCCCCAGCGACCGGCUUCGCCAUUGACAGUACACCACCGGGCCGCCUGUUUGUUUCUCUUCGGCGGGCGAGAGAUCUCAAGGAUGGCGACCACCGCCGGCGGGAGGAGCCCCGCGAUGAGCAUGAAGCUGCUGGUGCACACCAAGGCGGGGCGCGUGCUGUUCGCGGAGGCCGGCAAGGACGUCGUCGACUUCCUCUUCUCCCUCCUCGCCCUGCCCGUCGGCACCGCCGUCGGCCUGCUCGGGAGGCGCUCCAUGCCCGGCAGCGCCGGCGACCUCUACGCCAGCGUCCAGAGGCUCGACGCCGACUACCUCCUGCCCGGCGCCGACAUCGACGCGCUCCUCCGCCCCGCCGUCCCCUCCAACAUCUCCCUCCUCUGCUUGCCCGGCCCGUCGUCGUCGGCCGCGUCCAAGCGAGUCUUCUGGUGCGCCUGCGCCAAGCCGAUGACGAAGGAGAUGCGCUGGGCGCGGUCCGACUCCGGCGGCUCUGGGCAGGCGGCGGUCUCCGCCGCCACGGGAAGGGCCAAAGGGUUCGUGCAGGGCGUCGUGACGUACACGGUCACGGACAACCUCACCGUGACCCCCAUGUCCGCCAUCUCCAGCAUCACCCUGCUCAACACCUUCCGCGUCAGGGACCUCAGCGCGCUACAGGAGAAGAUCGUGCGGAUCGGCUACAAGGAGGGUUUGGCGAUUCUCAAGGCGUCGCUGCAGUCAAAGACCGUUCUCACCGACGUCUUCCUCGCCCACAAGGCCACAAGGCUCCAUGAUCGGCUGCCUAAAUUAGGUUCACUGUUAAGUGCUCUUGUGGCUGUGCUUGGUGUUCUUCUCGUAUGCAAUGCUGGAUAUGAGUUCCUCCCGCAACUGAUCAUUAAUUAAUCUGGACCGUAUGCUUGUAGAGCAAGCGCUUAGCUCUCCA